GUAAAUGUUGCGUAGAUUGACGAGUUUAUUUCAUAUUGUAAAUAUUAACAUACUUUAUAGUGUGUAUCAGUGGUAUAUUACUACGGUUUGCCUGCAGUCAAACAACGAUGUAGCAUAAUUUCCUUGUGCGCGAUAUUGUAUAGUGAUAACAGUUUAUUUAAAUUAAAUAAAUAACAAAUUUUUAUAUAUUUGUAUUCAUGUGAGCAAAUUAAAAGUUAUCACAAUGGAUCGAAUACGGCCGAGUUAUGUGACAGCAUUGGCGAUAGGAGUAACGGCUUUAACAUUCACAUGGUGGCGAUGGCGUAAUGGAAAAUAUGAAAAAUUGCCGAACAAGUGGCGUAAAGUCGGUGAAUUGAGUGACAUCUUUGUUUUCCCCGUGAAAUCCUUCGGUUACAUAAAGGAGACAGAAGUUGAGUGCACUCAAUUGGGAUGCAAAAAAGGCUGGUUACGUGAUCGUACACUGAUGGUGAUACAAUCAGACGGUAGAUUUAUUACUGCACGAAAAUAUCCUCAAAUGGUCCUAGUGACUCCUAGUAUAGAAGGGUCAGUUUUGACUUUGAGUGCACCUGGAAUGAUUGAUAUAAGCAUUGAUCUGGCUUACGUAGAAAAAAAAAUGCUCAAAGUUGUAAUCUGGGGUCAGUCUACUCCAGCUUCUGAUUGUGGAGAUGAAGUCGCUCGUUGGAUAUCUCGAUUUAUGGUUAAAGAAGACACUGGCUUUAGACUAGUGUACUAUCCACUUGAAAAACCGUCUCGUGAUGGGAGAAAACACAAUAAGGGAUUCCCGUUGGUGGAAAAUUCACACAUCGGCGCGUUUCCAGAUGAAACAUCUUUUUCACUAAUGAACAAAGCGUCGGUAGAUGAUUUGAACAAUCGACUAGAAAAGCCGGUUACUGCUUUAAAUUUUCGGCUCAAUUUUCUUGUAGAAGGGGCUAAACCUCUUGAAGAAGACACUUGGGAAUGGGUUAAAAUUGGAGAUGUAAUUUUUCGUAAUAUAAGACCUUGCACUAGAUGUGUGCAUACAACUAUUGAUCCAAACGAGGGUGUCAAGCAUCCUAAAAUGGAACCAUUGGUUACUUUACGAGAGUACAGAAAAGUUCAAGAUCCCGCUUUACGUCGUUUCACUGGAGAUAGUCCAGUGAUGGGCAUUCAUCUGGGAUUAAAAGGACCAAAUGGUACUGUCAAAGUUGGAGAUCCUAUUUAUGUUAAUGUCUCUGAGAAAGAUGAUGUGCAGUCAACACAUGUGUAACCAGAAAUUUGGGACUGAUAGGGUAGAAUCGUAAUAUAGUUAAUACUUAAUGGAAUUUUUACAUGUGAUUAUAUUUUAUUCUGCAUCAAUAUAUUACUUGUUCUAUUGAACAUUAAAUGAUUAUUCCCAUUUCCAAUUUUUCAAAGCCAGAAAUUAUUCAUAAGUUCGAUAAUCUCGAACAUAUCAACCGAUACCGUAGAUUGGUUCAGGCAAACCAGUAAUUAUUUCUUGUAAAUUAAUAUACACAGUAAUAAUUAUAACCCAAAAAUUAUUCUUGUGUAAUCGAAUACUAACAUUUGAUUCAAAAUCUUAAUUUUCAAAUAGAUGACUGAAAACUGUCCAAUCGGGGUGAAAAAUUACGUCAAAUAAUGAACAAAAUAAUGCAAUUUGAAAAUAUUUUUAUUACAUUUUCCAGUAAAUUGGGAAAAUCACCAAUUUCAAUUUGGCAAAUAUUGCUAUUUCUCAUACAUCAAAUCAUUUUAAUUAGCGGAACAUCGUUACCAUUGAAAUAAAUGUUAAUAAAAAAUUAUUAUUCUUUUGUGAAAAUCUUAAGAGCCAGAUAUCCUCCAUAACCAGGAAAACCGCGAUAAUACCAACCGAUUCCGUGAAUAGGUUGAGGUGAAUUUUGAUCGGUAACGACUUCCUGUAAAUCGACAAAUGGAACAAUAUGUUGCUUAUUAUCAGAACUCUCUUUGGUUAAAUCGAAAAGUAUCUUAUAUUCGCAAGAUGUACUGCGUUCGUAAUUAUCAUUUCCUAUUAAAGCUGUGGAUGGCAGAAGAUCUAUAGUAGGACGGAACAAGUCGAAUAUACUAGAACUGAAUAAUAAAAUAAUUGUAGCACUGACUACAAUACAAAUUUUUAACAAAAAAUAAUUUUUUAUAACAAGUACAAUAAUUUAUAUAAAUAUAUAUAUAUUUUUAAAAAUCAGCUAUCAUUUCAAAGGUUCAACAUUUGAAUAAUAAUAUAAUUACCUUGCACGGCAUCGAGUUUCUUUUAAAAUUUCGGGUUCAUUUUUAUUAAUAUUACCGUCGUCAUCAACAUAUCGUCCGCGCAAUGAAUCACCUAACUUAACACCUGUUUGAUGACAUAAGAAAUCUAAUUAUUUGAAACUGUUAACAAAAUAAAUAUUAUCCAUAAAAACUAAAAUUGAAAA